CUUCACUGUGAUAUAACGUAUAGUCAAAACACGCAACACACCAUUUGUUAUGGCUGCUGAAGCAGCAGAACAAACAGAGAAGCCGGCUGUACAAAGUUAUUAUAAUGGCGAUCUCACAAUAGAAUUAAACACUUCAGAUUUGAAUAAAUCUAGUGUGACGCCAUCAAAGGAAGAAAUUUAUAAACUAGGAUUUUCUCUUAACGAUCUUUACAAGUUAUCACUUCUAUUUUAUAAGAAAGAUGCUGACACAUUGUUAAUACCGUAUGCUGAUAAAGUUCAACUUGUUGCACUAUGGAAGCAGGUAACUUGUGGAAAAUUUGAUGAAUCAAAAAGUCCAGAUAUAGGAUACUUUGAUGUUAUUGGGAAUGAUAGGAAAAAAGCCUGGGAAGGUUUAGGAGAUUUAUCUGUAGAUGAUGCAAAGAAAAGUUUUAUAUCAAUUCUGGAGAGUAAAACAGCAAAUUUUAUACCUUUUAUUGAAAUGAAAAAACGUGAAAUAGAAGUUGAAAUAGAGAAAAAACGUUUAGAGAGAGAAGAACGUGCAAAAAAGGAAGAAGAAAUAAGAAGAAGGAAUGAAGAAGAAGAGAGAAUUAGGAAAGAAGAAGCAGAAAGAAUUAAACUAGCACUGCAAGCAGAAAAACUGGCUAUUGAAGAAAAAAAAAAAAAAGAAGAAGAAGAAGCGUUAGAAAAAAAUCAGUUAUUGGAAUCGUCACCAAAGUUUCUAUCUUCUAAAAUUGUUGGGAAUUCUACAGGGAAAUCAAUGGCCCAGGCAUCACUGUGGACGAGACCAAAAUUACAAGAAUUUAUUACUCAUGUUAAACGUGAUGCAAACAGUGUUUUAGUUAUUGGCAGAGGAGAAACUGUUACUAUUAGAGUCCCAACACAUGAAAAUGGUUCAUGUUUGUUUUGGGAAUUUGCUACUGAAUUUUAUGACAUUGGUUUUGGAGUUUAUUUUGAAUGGACAUCAGGUGACAACUAUACUGCAGAAGAAACAUUAAAGAAACACUUAGUUGUGCAUGAAAAUGAAAAUAACGAUGAGGUCAUUUUAAAAGCAAGUACUGAUGAAGUUUUACCAGUUUUGCGUAGGAAUUCUCACGAGGAAGUAAUUGUUGGUUCGCAUCUUUAUCCCGGACAAGGAAUUUACUUACUUAAAUUUGACAAUUCUUAUUCUUUAUUACGGUCUAAAUCAUUAUACUAUAGAGUUUAUUAUACAAAAUAAUUUUUUAUAAGAAAGAAUCUUUAAAUUUAUAUAAUAAACAUUCAUGGGCAUGGAUGUUAUAUAUUGUAUUAUAUAGUGUAUGUGAAUAUGUCUAUAUAAGUAUGUUUGUGUGAAUGUGUCUAUAUAAGUAUGGUGCAUGGCAACGUAAAUGUAAUAAAAAAUGAGUUCUGAUUCAUCAGGCAAAAAAAUCAGAAUUCAGAAGAUUCAGAAUUUUUUUCCAACUCAGUUAUCUGUUUCAUAUGAAGUUUAAAACCGUAAAACAUAAAUAUAAAAUGUCUAGCCAGGAAAUUAGAAUGUAAUAGUUAUACUAUGAAAUAGUCAGUUUAUUUUAUCUAGUACGGUCAUGCACCUUAAUAUAUAAUUAGUUUGUGUGUGUAUAUUAUUUCAAUGUUAUAUCUUGUAUGUUUUUUUAUAAUAAAACUAUAAUGCAUAACAAUUGCUUACUAGGCUUUUUUAAAACUAAAAAAACUAGUGCAUAGCUACUGUUUAUGCUUUAUACUUUGAAUAUAUAUAAAAUAUAAAUAUCUCUUAAUAUAUAUAUAUAUAUAUAUAUAUAUAUAUAUAUAUAUAUAUAUAUAUAUAUAUAUAUAUAUAUAUAUAUAUAUAUAUAUAUAUAUAUAUAUAUAUAUAUAUAUAUAUAUAUUCAGGGUAAGUUAUAUUUUUUUAAGUUGGGAAGAGUUGUAACAUUUGCUGACAAUUGUUCUUUCACGUACUCAUUCAGGAAAGUAUAAACUUUUUCAGUUUAAUUUUUUUAACAACCCCAACUUAAAAUGUUAAAUUUACUGGUUGCCUAAUAUUGCCACAAGUAUUUUAAGAGUGCAAUGUAGGUUCUUUUUAUAUAUAUAUAUAUUUUUAGUUAAUAUUAGGGCACAUAAAAUUUUGAGUUUCAUUUAAAAAGUUUAUACUUGCCUUAUUCGCUACAUUAAAAAGCAUCUUUUAAAUCAUGUUAGUAAAAAAAUUUUUAAACCUGUUAGUGUGUGUGUGUAUGUGUAUAUAUAUAUAUAUAUAUAUAUAUAUAUAUAUAUAUAUAUAUAUAUAUAUAUAUAUAUAUAUAUAUAUAUAUAUAUAUAUAUAUAUAUAUAUAUGCAUUAUUGAUAUAUUUUGUAUAUUUAUAAAAAUUUGCCUAUUUAUUUGCACUCAAAAUUGCAAGUAUCUUGAAAAUAAACUAAUUUUUCUAAUUUAUCUGUCGUUCUAAUCAAAUAAUUAAUAUGUUUUAUAGUUGUUUUUUUUUUGUUGUUUUUUAAUAGCUGUUUUGAGUUCCAAUUAAUAUGAAAUGUUAAAAUUUUAACUAUUCUUAACUGAAAAUUUGUUUAAUUUAUUGUUUUUAUCUGUUUUCUUAAUCAUAUUAGAGUUGAAAAAAUGUUUGUUUGA